AUUGCUUUUAUAUCUCUUUGUAUUGUGCGGGGUUUGAAUAUCUUACGUAACACUAUAAGCGCCAAGAAGAUGACCUGCUUUCACGGCUCACACGACCUUGUGAUGUUUCUCCUUCUCUGCAUCGUCGUCUUCCUUCAGUCUCCGGUGCCGGCAUCGGCCGCCGGAGAAGACACCGAGGGAGAUUUGUUCCAGUUACUGAGCAGAAAAGAGAUGGUGCAGAUGGCUGGAUAUGGAGAAGAGAAGCUUUCCACAGUCCUCGUGACGGGAUCUGUUCAUUGCGAGGCCCAUGAUUUGCAUGGAAAAGCUGAUCAGCAGAUUCAUGCAUGGCCAAUUCCAGGAGCUUCGGUGGCUGUCAACUGCCACAGCCAUGGCAGCGAGUGGAGAGGAAAAUCGACGGUAGCACGAGGCAUAACCGAUGAAUAUGGAGAUUUCAUGAUCGAUCUUCCUUCAUACCUGCAUGCAAUCCCCAACUUGGAAAAAAUAUGCAGAGUGAAAGUUCAUCAGAUCCCAAAGAACUCGCAGUGCCAACUAGCUUACGUCAAGAGACACAAGAAACUCAGAUUAUCAACCUUUGGGAAUGGCAUUCGCACUUACAGUGCUUGAAAUUUGAGGUUCCACUAUAAACAGAGAGAAAGGAAUGAAGCGGAUUAAAUCAACCAUGAACAGAUAUUUGUCUAUGAUUGGCCUGGUUUUCCCAUGUUAUGUAAAUUAAACAUGAGCAUCUUAGUCUUACGAGGAAGAGUAUCAUGGCUCACUUAGAUGGCGCUCUAGUCACAGUAUUGAGUUGCAUGGAUUGUUAAUAUCAUGGUGUAUUUAAAUAGCAUAUACUGUAAUGCAUUCCCUCCCCUGCUUGGAAAGAAAAAUUGUAAAAUGUAUUUCCGUUGUAUGAAUCAUGUCAUGUUUGGAUAUGCAAA